CUGAUGCCCCCUGCACCAACCAUGGGUGUUAUUUCGGAAGCUGCUGCCAAUCAGUUGCUUGAUUUUUCUCAGCGAUUGGAUAUUGGUCUUCUGGACAGGGUCGUCAAUUGCAUGUAUCAUGAAAGUGGCGCCCAGCAGAAGAUGGCGGAAAAAAUCCUGAAUAUAUUAAAAGAACAUCCAGAUUCAUGGAUGCGCGUCGAUUCUAUUCUCGAGUACAGUUCUAAUCAAGAGACUAAAUACUUUGCCCUGCAAAUCCUCGAGUCCCUCAUCAAAACCCCAGAUUAUUUUGUAGGCAUUAAAAAAUACAUUGUUGGGCUUAUCAUACAAACUUCAUCCAGUAGCGAACUAAUCGAAUCGGAAAAGACAUACCUCGGGAAACUGAAUAUGAUUCUGGUAGAGAUAUUGAAGCAUGAAUGGCCAAACAAUUGGCCAACGUUCAUCAGCGAUAUCGUGGGUGCAAGUAAAACAAACGAAACUCUUUGCCAGAAUAACAUGGUUAUAUUGCGCCUAUUGAGUGAAGAGGUUUUCGAUUUUUCUCUCGGUCAAAUGACACAAGCAAAGGCAAAACACUUAAAAGAUUCCAUGUGCCAGGAAUUCGGUCUGAUCUUUCAGCUCUGCCAAUUUGUACUGGACAGUUCGCAAAAUGCUUCCCUUGUUGUUUCAACGCUGGAGACAUUGUUACGUUUUAUGCACUGGAUUCCGCUUGGUUACAUUUUUGAAACCAAUCUGAUUGAAACAUUGGUAUUAAAAUUUUUCGAAGUGCCUCUUUUUCGUAACGUCACGCUGAAAUGUCUGGCUGAAAUUGCUGGUGUAAUGACCGAUGAAUAUAAGUCACAGUUACUCGCGUUGUUUAUAUCCGUAACGCUAAAGUUAAAACGGAUGAUUCCUUCGGAUACAAAACUAAAAAGUGCUUACGAGUAUGGAAGUACCGAUGAACAAAAUUUCAUUCAAAAUCUCGCGAUUUUCUUCACAACUUUCCUGAAGUGUCACAGCAAAAUACUAGACAAGCCCGAAUUGAGCUGGCGGUUACAGGAUGCUUACAAUUGGUUAUUAAUGCUUUCUGAGGUUGCGGACCGCGAAGUAUUUAAAAUUUGCUUGGAAUAUUGGAGCAUUCUCGUCGCAGAUCACCAUCGUGAGGCCAUUGCUGGUGAUCAACAAUCUAAAUUACUUGCUCCAGUGUUGUCCACGCUUCGACGCAUCAUGAUAUCUAGAAUGGCGCGACCAGAAGAGGUGCUGGUGGUCGAAAACGAGCAUGGUGAAGUGGUUCGCGAAUUCAUGAAAGAUACGGAUAGUUUGAAUCUGUACAAAACGAUGAGAGAAAUUUUGGUUUAUCUCACUCAUUUAGACUACGCUGAUACGAAGAAAAUAAUGAUUGAAAAAUUACAAAACCAAGUUGAUGGCAGUGAAUGGUCAUGGCAUAACUUGAACACACUCUGUUGGGCAAUCGGGAGUAUCUCAGGUGCUAUGCAAGAAGACGAUGAACGGAGCUUCUUGGUGAUCGUAAUUCGCGAUCUGUUGGGUUUGUGCGAACAAAAACGGGGCAAGGACAAUAAGGCAAUUGUGGCCAGUAAUAUCAUGUACGUGGUCGGCCAGUAUCCCCGAUUUUUACGCGCGCAUUGGCGAUUCCUGAAAACGGUUAUUACCAAACUCUUUGAAUUUAUGCACGAAACUCACGAAGGCGUCCAGGACAUGGCUUGUGAUACGUUUAUCAAGAUUGCUCAAAAAUGUCGCAGGCAGUUGGUCACGGUUCAGUACGGCGAGGGUGUCGAGUUUAUUGAAGAAAUCCUCAAAGAUAUAGAUAUUAUCAUCAAUGACUUACAUCCGCAACAAGUUCAUACAUUCUACGAGGCAGUUGGAAUUAUCAUCAGUGCACAGACCGAUCAAGCUGUUCGAGGGAAGCAAAUAGAACGACUGUUCCGUUUGCCAAAUCAGAUCUGGGACGGAAUUCUCGCCGAAGCUUCACACAAUGUAGAUAUACUAAAAGAUCCAGAAGUUGUAAAGCAGUUGUGCAAUAUUUUGAAAACAAACCUCAGCGCAUGCAAGUCUCUCGGCCAGCCGUACUUGAUCCAGCUCAUCCGCAUUUAUUUCGACAUGCUCAACGUAUACAAAAUCAUGUCUCAGAAUAUUGGUCAGGCAGUGGCAGCAAACGGCGAGCAAGUGACUAAACAACCUUUAAUCAAGAGCAUGCGUUCGGUCAAGAAGGCCAUCCUAAAUGUGCUGUCCUGUUGGAUUCGCCGGACACACGAUGCUGCUUGGAUUGCUGAAGUAUGUCUUCCACCUCUAUUGGAUGCCGUUGCUGAUGACUAUCAGCGCAACGUACCUGCCGCGCGGGAAUCCGAAGUACUCGCUUUGAUGACGAAUCUGGUCAAUCGUCUGGAAGAACACAUCCUACCUGCUCUUCCGCGCAUUCUCGAUGCUGCGUUUCAGUCCACACUGGAAAUGAUUGACAAAGAUUUGGAAGAGUAUCCCGAGCACCGGACGAAUUUCUUCAACCUUCUAGAAGCAGUGAACUGUCAUUGCUUCUCAGCGUUGUUGAGUCUACCAACAGAUAAAUUCAAACUAAUUUUGGACAGUGUGAUUUGGGCAAUCAAGCAUACAAUGCGCCAGGUAUCCGAAACUGGUUUAAACAUUCUGAAUAGAAUGCUAGUCAAUAUGUCCAACGCGAAAGUAGAACAGAGGCAAAUUUUCUUCAAAACGUUCUAUAUGGACAUUCUGCAACACAUGUUUGCUGUGAUCACUGAUCGAUCUCAAACAGGACAUUUGACGCUUCAGUGCACCAUACUGGCUUUCAUGUUCGAAAUUGUGGAAAAUGAUGUGAUUACUGAGCCCCUGGGCGAGGUUACUGCGGGAAAUUAUCCGCCGGAGACCAAACCCAAUGUGCAGUUUGUCCAUCAAAGUUUGCUCCAGUUGCUCACAUCCGUAUUUCCACACCUACAGGACGCUCAGGUUCGCAUAUUUAUUGACGGUCUGUUCUCGUUCGAUCAGGAUGUUGCGGCUUUCCGUGAGCAUGUCCGUGAUUUCCUGGUCCAAAUCCGUGAGGUGGCCGGCGAGGAUUUGUCCGAUCUGUACUUGGAAGAACGUGAGGCCGAAAUCGCCCAAGNCCAAGCACAAGCGGCCAAAUUACGACGUCAGGCUACCGUUCCCGGUAUUCUAGGUCCGCAUGAGGUGGAUAUGUGCGACUAG